AUGUCUUCCGAUACCCAGCCUCAAGACAUCCAGCUCAAUGUCAAAGGUCCCAACGAGCUCAAGCUCCAGAUCACCAUUGCUACUGACAAAUCCGUCGCUGACCUCAAGCAAGCCAUCGCUGAAAAGUCCGAUGUCCCUGCUGACCGCCAACGCCUCAUUUAUUCCGGACGUGAUGAGGAUGUCCUCUCCACAUACAAGAUUCAGUCUUCUCACACAGUCCAUAUGGUGAAGGGUGCUGCACGCGCCGCCGCGUCCUCCUCACAAUCGGCCACGCCACAAGCUCUACCUACAAUGCAGGCCGGCCAGAACCCCCACGAUCCCCUCACUCAGCUCAAUGGACAUAUGGGCUAUGGUCUCAUGGCCGGUCUGAACCCUUUUGCAGAGAUGGGCUUGAAUCCAAACGAUCCCAACAUGAUGCAAUCCAUGCUCAACAACCCCCAAUUCCUCCAACAAAUGUCCGGCGUCAUGUCCAAUCCCGCCAUUCUAGACCAAAUAUUCGCUUCCAACCCCCAGCUCCAAGCCAUGGCGCCCCAGGUCCGCCAAGUCUUCCAAAGCGAGCAGUUCCGCCAGAUGAUCUCCAACCCGGAGACCCUUCGCACAAUGCUCCAGAUGUCCUCCCUCAUGCGCGGCGGCGACACGGGCCUCGGCGCCCCUGCCUUCCCCGCGCCCGGUCUCCCUUCCACCGCGCGCCAGGGCCAGCAGGAUGCAGGCACAGGCGCAAGUCCUGCGGGCGCUGCGCCCCCGCCUCUGUUCAAUCCCUUCUUCCCCCCGCCGCCUGCCGCUGGCUCCACGACAGAAGCGGGAUCAGGGGUACCGCCGACGUCGCCAGGUGCUGCAGGCGCAGGCGCGGGGAUGUUCGACCCCGCGCUGAUGCAGCAGAUGCUCGCCGCGAUGGGCGGCGGCGGCGGUGCUGGGGGCGCAGGCGCAGGUGCGGGCGGGGACCCGUUCGGUCUCGGGGGCCUUGGCGCACUAGGCGGCCUCGGUGGUGGGCUGGGCGGGCUUGGUGGUGCGCCUGCAGCGCCGACAGACGCGCGGCCGCCAGAAGAGCGGUUCCAGGUGCAGCUGCAGCAGCUGCAGGACAUGGGGUUCACGAAUGCGUCGCAGAAUGUGCGCGCGCUGCUAGCGACGGGCGGGAACGUGCACGCGGCGAUUGAGUACAUCCUGAACGGGGGUGGGCUGUAG